AUGGGCGCCGAGCGCUUCAUCCACAGCCUGAAGGCCGCUGGGUGCGACACUGUAGGCGGGCUGGUCCAGCUGAUGUGUGACAGGCGCACACAGAGGGCCAUCGCGGGGCGGAAUCGAAUGUCGGCAUUCGAGGCCAUCAAGGCGAUCUUCACGGAGCGGAGCAGACCAUCCCCACCACCCGUGGUAUAAGCUGCCCCUCCAUACCUGUCUGCAUCAAUCUCAUCGGCUUUGUGCGUUUGUGUGCCAGUCUCGCAGCUCAUUGCCUCCAUCCCACAUGCAGCACUACUCGCCCCAGUUCGCAUUGACCGACGCGCCUGCAACGCCACCCACGACACGUCAAGACGGCCAGCGCAACGUGGUGAGCCGUCAGCCAAAGCUGAGGUCCUGUGGUCAUGCCUGUCUGUUUGUGCCCGCCAUGUGUUGCCGUGGCUGUGUUGUCUGCAGGGUGGUUCGUCAUCGUCAGGGCGGUCCCGCGGCCACCACUCGCCCGACCACCACGCUCACCACCGCGGCUCCCAUGACAGAGAGCACAGCCACGAGAGAAAGCCAAGUUAUGACCCCAAGCCCUUGGGCUGCCGUGUCAAGGGCUGCACUCAUCCCAACUGCCGGAAGACGGGCAAGCACUACUGCAAAACCUGCGGCGACACGGUACUGUGCCGACAAGAACCAAGGCCGAUGAUGCGACGCGACACCAGUAUCGCCUCUCUGUGUGUUUGUCUGUGUGCAGGACUCUGAUCACUAUUCGUCUGCAUGCCCCAAGCUGCGGAAGGCCUCGUCGAGUCGGGUGCGGUCGGCCGCUGACUCGGGUGGAAGUGAUGAUGACGGCAACGAAUCGGACGAUAGCACAGUGCAAAGGGAUGGGAAGGGGAGGCCGCAUUGCUUCCUACGCACUCAUGGUUAGUGCUGUUGUCUGUUGUGUGUUGCUGUCAGGCUGCAUCGUCCCGCAGGUCUCGUCGGUCGUCUGGCUGCUCGUCUGGCUCCCCGGGUGGCGCCAACCCGAUGAUGCAGCCCAUGAUGCAGGUUCGCUCAUGCGCAUGCACUCAGUGGAUGCGAAGGCUGGCCGAUGGUGUGUUCUUUGGCAUUGUGUGGCGCAGCUCCUCAUGUCAAUGAUGCAGCAGCCGCCUCCGCCACCCCCUGCGCCCGCCACAGGAGCUGGCCAGCAGGACACCGACCAGACGGCCAAUCAGAACACCAAUCAGCAGACCAACCAGAACGCCAAUGCAGCCCUGGUGGGCACACGCCACUGCAAGCACCUCCGCCGCCUCUCACCGUGUAUUUGUAUGUCCCCUUCAGGCCGCCCCUGUGUGUGACCCGCGUGUGCUGGCUACAGCCAUGCUCUUCAACAACCUCUUCAUAUCGGGUCAGCAGCAGCAGCAGGGCGGUGACUCGCCUCGCCACCGCCGCCGCUCCCCGUCCCCCCGUCGCCCGUCGUGCGGCGUCCGAGGCUGCCGCAUCGACCACUCCCAACACAAGUGCCGACGGUGCGGCAAGAUCAACGACCAUUUGACCAGGGACUGCACAGUGCAAUGUCGUGUGCCCGGCUGCAAGAAAGCGCACAAUCACUACUGCCGUCUGUGUGGAGACAAGGACAGCGACCACUGGGCCAGCGAAUGCCCCAAGGGCAUCACACUUUACCACCAGACAUCCAUAGCGGCAGGUCAGGCGAUCGCGUCGGGCCGCAACAUGCAGCCGGGCACUGGUGGUCUCGUUGGUGGCGGCAUCUAUUUGUAAGCACAUGGCACAUCAUGGCGUGAAUGUGCUGUCUCUGCAUGUACGUGCGCGUGUGUGUGUCUCGUCAGUGCGGCGACCGAGCAAGAGACCAACAGAAAGGCCCACCACCGCGGCUGCAUGAUCGAGGCCAGAGUGUACCUGGGAAAGAUCAAGCAGAUCACCAAGACCCAGAUCUUCAACUACACCCACCAGAGCCUGCAGCAAGAGGGCUACGACUCGAUACACGUGACGCCCAUGGUGACGGGGGAUGAGUACAUCGUCUUCAACCGGGCGCAGGUUAAGCUGAGGAAGGUGUGGGACAUGGCGACCAAAGCAGAGAUUCCCAUCAAGCAUCAUGAUCUGUCACAGUGAGACCGGCAUGUGUGAUAAGACACAUUGAUGUGUGUAAGCUCUUUCCACGUGUUGUGUUGAGUGACUACGUGGUUAGUGAUGUAUAAGAAGUGAUAUCUCGGUCGAGGUAGGUUUCGUGUGCUGGCUUUCCUUUUUGUCGGCUGCUGCCUUGGCCAACCGAAAGGUCGGCCCUGUAAUGUGGUGUUGGUGGAGUGGGGGAGCUGACCGCAUCGCUGUCAUGCGCAUGAAUGCACUCUGUCUCUGUGCUACCGGCCUUGUGAUGACUUGGUGCUACUAACCCUCUU